AUGUGUUCUCAGAAAACCCUUUUAAGAAUUUUCAAGAAAGGUGCGUCUUUUCCUUCAAAGCAGCACCAAGAGCAACAUGAAGUUGCUCGUAAAAUCACCCACAUCCUCAUCAAUUCAACUAACUCCAACUAUUUCAAACCCAAUAACACCGAACUUCACUCCAUCAUUUCCUGCAUCACCUUCACCCCCCAUGUUACUUACCGUGUUCUUUCAGACCCUAUUCUCCAACCACAUUCCUGUUUAUCCUUUUUCCACUUCCUCAAAACCCAUCAUUCCAACCAUUCACUCAAACCCGACCUCAAGGCCCAUUUGAUUCUCUUUUCUAGACUCUUUAAAGCUCGCAAAUUCGCCACCAUCAAGACUAUUCUGAAUUCCGUUGUUACUGAUUCCCAAUUUUGCUCCCCAGUUUCGGGGAUCGUUGAUUUGCUUGAUGAAUUUGAGUUUCAUUUUGUUGACAAGCUUUGUGAUAUGUUGUUUAGGGUUUAUUCUGAUAAUAGGUUGUUUCCAGAGGCGGUUAGGGUUUUUGAUUAUGUGGAGGAAAAGGGGUUCGUGAUAGAGGAGAGGUCUUGUUUUGUGCUUUUGCUUGCUUUGAAGAGAUGUGGUGAGAUUGAGUUGUGUCUUGGAUUCUUCCGCCGGAUGGUUGAGUCUAAUGGAAUUGAAAUUAGGGUUCAGUCUUUGACACUUGUGAUUGAUGGCUUGUGUAAGAGAGGAGAGGUUGAGAAAGCUAAGGAGUUGAUGGAUGAGAUGGUCACUAAAAGCAUUGUGAAACCGACUGUGUUUACUUACAAUACGUUGUUGAAUGCGUAUGUUGGAAGAAAGGAUCGAAGUGGAGUUUGUGAGAUACUGAGGUUGAUGGAGAAGGAGCCGGUUGUUUUUAGUGUGGCGACUUAUAGUAUUUUGAUUCAGUGGUAUUCUAGUUCUGGUGAUAUUGGGGAAGCGGAGAAGAUAUUCGAGGAAAUGCGUGAAAGAAAAAUAGAAAUUGAUGUUUAUGUUUAUUCGUCCAUGAUAAGUUGGAAUUGUAGGUUGGGAAAUAUGAAAAGGGCAUUUGCGUUGUUUGAUGAGAUGACUCAGAGAAAUGUUGCUCCUAAUGCACAUACUUACGGCGCGUUGAUUGGUGGUGUGUGUAAGGCUGGUCAAAUGGAAGCUGCGGAAAUCUUGUUGGAAGAGAUGCAAAGUAAGGGAAUUGACCUAAAUAUGAUAAUAUUUAACACGAUGAUAGAUGGCUACUGCAAAAGAGGAAUGAUGGAUGAAGCUUUGAGGCUGCAAACGAUCAUGGAAAGGAAAGGAUUCAACGCAGAUGUGUUUACAUUCAACAUUCUUGCAAAUGGGCUAUGUAAAUUGCAUAGGUAUGACGAAGCCAAGUGUACUUUAAAUUCAAUGGUAGAGAAAGGAGUGGAACCAAAUGUUGUGACUUUCACUAUGUUUAUCGAGAUAUAUUGCAAGGAAGGAAACCUUGCUGAAGCUGAGAGGUUCUUUAGGGAUAUGGAGAAAAAGGGAGAAGUGCCUAAUAUUGUUACAUAUAACACUCUCAUUGAUGUGUAUUGCAAGAAAGAAAAAGUGAAGCUAGCACAGAAGACAAAAUCUGAAAUGAUAAACAAGGGGUUAUUGCCAGAUGUGUAUACAUACACAUCGCUAAUACACGGGGAAUGUAUUGUUGGCAGGGUAGACGAGGCGCUUAAAAUUUUCGAUGAGAUGAGGUCAAAGGGGAUAACUGGAAAUGUCGCAACGUAUACAUCACUUAUUUCAGGUUUAUCCAAGGAGGGGAGAGCAGAUGAAGCAUUUAAGUUGUAUGAUGAGAUGAUAAAAAUGGGCCUAAUACCUGAUGAUAGAGUUUUUUCCGCACUUGUUGGUAGUCUUCACAAACCUCUCACUCAUGCUGGUCUAAAACAAAAUGAGUAUGAGGAUCUGAAGUAG